CUCGGAAGCGGGGAAGUGGUGGCGGGGUGCGCGUUGUUGGCUGCCUGGGCUGUUACAGAAUGACCUUGCACUGAGCUGUUUUGGAAGAAGCAAGAAUUAACUAGCAAUCCCUCAAUGUGCAUCCUGCUAUUCAAAUUUGACCCUCGACCAGUUUCAAAAAAUGCAUACAGGCUUAUUCUAGCAGCUAAUAGAGAUGAAUUUUACCACAGACCAUCCAAAUCGGCAGAUUUUUGGGAUGGCAACAAUGAAAUCCUUAGCGGGCUGGAUAUGGAAGAAGGAAAAGAAGGUGGGACAUGGUUAGGAAUCAGUAAGAAAGGCAAGAUGGCAGCCCUAACAAACUAUAUGCAGCCAAAGAUUGACAAAGAUGCAAAAGGAAGAGGUGCUCUUGUAGCAAACUUCUUGACUUCAGAUCUGGACAGCUAUUCUUACUUGAAGAAAGUUUCAGUAGAAGGACAUCUUUACAAUGGAUUUAACUUAAUAGCGGCUGACUUGAAUACAACCAAAGGAGAUGUGAUUUGCUACUAUGGAAACAAAGGAGAACCGGAACCUGUUUUCCUAAAUCCUGGAAUACAUGGAUUGAGUAAUUCUUUGUUGGAUACACCAUGGAAGAAACUUCAAUAUGGGAAGCAGCUUUUCUCAGAAGUAAUCAGGAGAAGUCAAGACCUUACCAAAGAAGACUUGGUGCAGGAGCUCCUCACUGUGAUGAAUAAUCAAGAGCCUCAAUUACCAGAUCCUGCAAUUGAAGACCAAGGGAGGGAUUACAUACGUCCUAUAUUGAACAAAUAUGCAGCUGUGUGUGUUCGAUGUCCUGGCUAUGGAACAAGGACUAACACAGUCAUUCUCAUUGAUUCAGAAGGAGAGGUUACUUUCACAGAGCGCAACAUGAUCAAUGCAGAUGUCAACCAGUGGAAAACAAGCACCUAUGAAUUCAAACUACAAAUUUAACAACUUUCCAUUGGAUUGGAUUCUAAUAAAAGCAAUGAGAGAACAAGCCAUUAUACUCCAGUAAAUGUUUUAUACCAGGCUCCAGAAGCAAGAAAUAGCAAGGAAAGCAAAAGUUUGUUUAGACCAGUAGCACACCCUAUCAGGUUCCCAAAUACUUUGCAUAAAACCAAGGAAACUGUUUUUAUACUGCAUAAUGACUUAUGUAAAAAUACUUCUGAAUGUGUGACUUUUUGAUUUAGUUUCCUAGCUCAAAAUCGUAAGUACUAAUGAAAAGUAUCAGUAUUGAUACGUCUGAUUCAGUGACAUUCUUGCAUACUAUUAAUUUCUUUUGACUUCAACUGGAGCUGAAGGUGUAUAUAGCGUCUUGGAGAAUCUGUGUUAAGUUUCAGAAUGUAGUUCUGUCUAAAAAUUACUGAUUUUGCUUUUGCACAUAGAGGAUAAAAGAAACCAGCUGAACAGUUCUAUAUAGCCAUUUCUAAUUAUUUCAUGUACCGAGACAACGGUAUAAUAUGAUGCCUUGAACCAGUGUUGAGAAGUCAUGGAAAAUAGGGUCAGGACCAUGAGGCUGUCUAUUCUAUCACUCUGCCUCCGAGGUAAGGCCAUCAUCUUUGCCCAAGACAGAAGUUACUGUUUUUCUUUCUUUAAAAUUGUUUUAAAGGGAAUCUUAAAUGCUCUCCACUUCAGAGGAGGGGAAAUGCAUUUGCUCCUUUUAUUGUUCUAUCUGAAGGUUUUACAAAAUUUUGCUUUCUCUUGAGCAUAAAACUUUAUGAUUGUAAAGCUAAUCCCUAUGUGCAGUAAAUGAAUGUAUGUUAUCUUUGCAGCAUUAAAUGUUUUAAUAACACAAGCUUUUCGGCUAUGCCAUGGUGCCCUACCUUGUGGGAGGGAAAGAUAGUUUGUUUUUCCUAUAAAUAGUUCAGCCAUACAUCUUUUUUUCUAAAUUUUCUAAAACUUGACUUGAGAGUAGAUAUGAAAUUGCAGUUCAGUGUCUAUUCAGUUUUAUUCAGUAGAACUAAAAAAUCAUAGAAGUAGAUUAGUUUAUUUUUGAAGGGUAUAAAAUGGUCUAUAUUGUGACAUCUUAUUUUUUGGAAGUCUAGCUAGCAAUAUUAGUUUUUUUUUCUUCCCCAGCUGGCAGAUAAGGACUAGAUAUCUAUUUGCAAAGAGAAACUGAAUGUGAAGUUUACAUUUAUCAGGCUUUUCCGUAAGUGUGCAACUUUAGCUUUAUUUCUUUAUUGGUAUAAUAUGUCAAAAGCUGGAGUGACUGCUCAUUUUUUUAGUAAAAUAGAUACUUGUUGUAAAGUGACAUUAUUGCUGAAAAAUUGGAUAUUAAGAUGCACUAUAUUCAAACAACUGAAUUAUAAAGCUAUUUAAAUGUGUGCUCUUUCCAAUUAUUUAGUGCUAGUUGUAGGUGAUAGACUAUAACUAAUAUGAUGAUAUCUUGCCCUAAGUUGUUUUGCUGCUGUUCCACUUUGAAUUAUUUUGAGUGCUACAUCUUAAAUUGGUAAUGGAUCACAGUGUUUUUCCUCCUACUUGCUGAAUGUAUUUUUCUAUAAUUCUAUGAUUAUGAAGAAAUGAUUACAAAGUAGCAGCAUUUCUGAUACAAUCUACAAAGAUGUGCACCUUUAUGUAUUCAAGUCUGUAUUCCAGCCUUCUUACCUCUGUGUGUGUGUGUGUGUGUGUGUGUGUCUGUGUAAUGAGGGAAGAGGUAAAUUAAACUUCUCACUGAAGUAAGGGAGUACUGUGAAAGGCCAUUUCCAGGCUUUUAAUUGCCAGGAGAUACCAAAGCACUAUUCAUUCGGUGAUUUCUUUUGCAUCUUGAAAUAAUUUCUAGAUAUUAGAGCUAAUUCCAUGUCUAGUCACAGGCUCUUAAAUACUUUCUUGAUACAGGACUGUAUAAAUGACUUCUUGAACACCUAGAUUAUGAGAUGCUGUUAAAUACAAACUUCAUUAUGUUUGUGUCUUGUUGGGGAUGUGCUUGGUUUAAAACUAAGUCACCUGGAUGCUCACUUCCUGAGCUGUAGGAAAUAGUCUUUUUUGACCAUUUACACUGUAUACUUGUAUAAAUAAAAAACCUAUUAAUUUGAA